UGCCGCCGCUGCGCCUGCCCUGCUGGCCGCCCCGGCUGACAGAGACUCGUCUCGCCCCUCAGCUGAUGCUCCGAUGGGCCGGCAGGGAGUUGUGGUCAGCAGCCGUCCGGCCGCCGCCGUCCAGCCCGUGGCCACUAUGUCGCCUCUGCCGCCGCGGCCGCCCAAGAAGCGCUACCUUAUGGAGAAUCCGCCCCGACUCGGGGGGCUGACAGAGGUGUCCGCGCCGCCUGCCGGCGACCUCACGAAUCGUGCGCUGCCGCGGACCGGCGACUCGGCGCCGCCGGCCGCCAACGGCUUCAACGGCGCCCGCCACCGACAAACCGACGACAUGGAGCCGCUCAACCUGACCACGUCUCCCACCACCGAGGUGCGGCUCUCGCGCAUCGUCGGACAACGUGUGGUGGUGAUGGACAGUGAUGCGGACGGGGGUGCCGCCCGUCGCGAGGGUCUGCGCCAGGAGAUGGACGCUCGGAGGCCAGCGUCGCCCGAGCUGCGGCCGCCGCCAGCAGCGCGCGGGUGA